ACAUUUCUAAUAAAAAAAGCUUCAAGUCAACGACAAUCUUCCCAACGGAGAAAGGAAUUGACGUCCACUCGGUUCCACCUAACAGCUCGCAAAUGGCGAAGCUACAGCGAGGCGCCCUCCUCUCACUCGCCUUCCUCCUCGCCGCCGUCCUCCUCGCCCCUGCCUCCGCCGGUGGAGAGCCGAACGCGCUUCCCCUCGGCUGGAUCUCCUCUCUCUCCGGCUGCCGCGGCUCCAUCGCGGAGUGCCUCGCCGGCGACGAGUUCGACCUCGGAUCCCAGGCGAGCCGUCGCAUCCUCGCCACCUCUGGUUACAUCAGCUACGGCGCUCUCAGGCGCGACACCACCCCCUGCUCCCGCCGCGGUGCCUCCUACUACAACUGUCGCCCCGGCGCCGAGGCCAACCCCUACUCCCGCAGCUGCUCCACCAUCAGCCAGUGCCGGGGAUGAAGGGGAAAACCCUAGAUCUCUACUCCUCUCUGGGAAAGAGAGAUUCUCGUGGAGAAAAAAAAACUGACUAAUUUGGUAUGUAGUUGGUCGUCGUGUUCGAUUUUUAAAUAAUUCUCAUUCUUGCUGGUAUGAACUGAUGCUAUUGUUGAAUUGACGGUGUAAAAAACAUUUUUAUUC